AUGUCCUUGCACUCUGACCUGGUCACGCAAUUCCUCAAGGGAAAUCGCAAGAUGGUCCGGGCGGAACGCGAGCAGCGAGGAUACCUAUGGCUGGAUUGGUUCUCUGUGCCACAAGACCCUGGCUGGGAACCAGGAAGGCGGCUGGCAGUGCACUCGAUCCCAUCUUAUGUGGAUGUUUGCGGUGCCUUUGUUGCUUUGGUUCCAGGCCUGCCCCACCAUGAUUCCGGCUCACUCUGCGAUUACGAGACAUGGUUGGAGCGCGGUUGGUGUAGGUGCGAACUGUGGUGUUCACAGCUCUCCAACCACAGCCACCUGCCCAUGAUCGCAGUCUAUGGUCCCGAUCAUGCGGAGUUUGUGAUGCCGAAAGACUGGGUUUUUGCAUCAGCGGACGAGGGUGAGUUUACGCAGGAGGAGGACCGACUUGCUAUUAUGGACAUUGUGCAUUUCGCCCUUCAGGCACGAGUGUCAUUCCUUGACAAGCAUCAAGAAGAGCCCGGAUUGUGCAGAUUUCUGAAAGGAAUAUGUGCGAAGAAGUUCGGACAAGCCAGUUCAUGGACUUUGGACUCUUUUCUGUCAUAUUUUGGUUUUCCAAACUUGCAGACAGCAGUGAAGAUGAGAAACAUGGGCGGGCUACACUGCGCCGCCAUCCUGGAUGAGCCUUCCCUCAUUCGCUCGUUGGUAGAGGCAAAAGCUUCCGUGGGAGCAAAGUGCAAGAGCAUUCUCAGUAUGGACAUCUUGAAUUAUGUCCCGCUGAUUCUGGCAAUUCAGUUAAACAACCUUGCAGCUGCCCGGGGACUUCUCAUGCUUCGAGCUGAUCCGAACUGCACCUUCGCACCAUGCAAUCCUGUCCUUGGGCUUGCCAGGGAUGCCGAAGCAGUGGAUGUCUUGCUGGAGCAUAGAGCGGACGUUAACCUUCGCAUGUCAUACCCCAAGAUAAGCCCCCUGACAUUGGCUUGUUCAAAAAGUGGGCCGGUGGAGGUUGUUGCCCGACUGCUGGAAAGAGGGGCGGACGUGAACGACUCCCACGGCGGGCACUCCAAGUCACCCUUGACAUGCACGACACUGUUUUCUAAGGCCACCCCCCGGGUGAGUCUCGCUCAUGCUAAGCUGCUGCUCGAUGCGAGGGCAGACGUGAACCAGCCGGGCUGCACGACGGGCCUAUUUCAGAUGCUGGAGCUGGGCUCGAGGUUGGCAAACUGCUGUGGGAUGGAUGGCCCCCUGCUUCGGUACCUGGCCGAGUCCAGCUCAACUCCCUUAGGCUUCGCAGCGCUCCUGAGAAAUCGGCCCUUGGCCUCCCUGCUGCUGGCUGCCAAGGCUGACCCGGACUUCCCCAACAGCCGUGGCCACAGCCCCCGGCAGAUGGCCAGCGUGGAGAUUCAGCCGCUCUUCGAUGAGCCUCUUGCUCUCAAAGCAGACCCAGAAGACCCAAUG